UGGAGAUUUCCAUCAUGGCGGCUUCCAUUUCGGGCUACACCUUCAGCGCUGUGUGUUUCCACAGCGCCAACAGCAACGCCGACCACGAAGGAUUUCUGCUGGGAGAGGUAAGACAAGAGGAAACAUUUAGCAUCAGUGACUCACAAAUCAGCAACACAGAAUUUCUGCAAGUAAUCGAAAUCCAUAACCAUCAGCCUUGUUCAAAACUUUUUAGUUUUUAUGACUAUGCAAGCAAAGUUAACGAAGAGAGUUUGGACAGGAUUCUUAAGGAUCGGAGAAAGAAGGUGAUUGGGUGGUACCGGUUCCGGCGGAACACGCAGCAGCAGAUGUCCUACCGAGAGCAGGUGCUCCACAAGCAGCUCACCCGCAUCCUCGGCGUGCCCGACCUCGUCUUCCUUCUCUUCAGCUUCAUCUCCACCGCCAACAACUCCACGCAUGCUUUAGAAUACGUCCUCUUUAGACCAAAUCGCAGGUAUAAUCAGAGGAUAUCCCUUGCUAUCCCCAAUCUAGGCAACACUAGCCAGCAAGAGUACAAAGUGUCCUCAGUGCCAAAUACGUCUCAGAGUUAUGCCAAAGUAAUCAAAGAGCAUGGUACUGACUUCUUUGACAAGGAUGGAGUCAUGAAAGACAUCAGGGCGAUUUAUCAGGUGUAUAACGCACUUCAGGAGAAAGUGCAGGCGGUGUGUGCCGAUGUGGAGAAGAGCGAGCGCGUCGUUGCGUCCUGCCAGGCAGAGGUGAGCAAGUUGAGAAGACAAAUCGCCCAGAGGAAACACGAAAAGGAGCAAGAAAGAACCAUCCUCCAGGACGGGCAGACCGCCCGCGGGCACUGCAGAACGUCGGGAAGGUGUCACAGCUCUCUUUGUUUUGGUCCAGGACUGCAGCAGGCGAUGGCCAGCAGGCAGGCGGCAGCCGAAAGCCCGGGGCCGGCCUUCAGCCCCCGGAUGCUCCUCCCGGGGCUCGCAGCCCAAGGCGGAGGCACACUUGUGGACGCGGACGCCUCCGAUCCUCCUCCCCCUUAUUCCGAUUUUCACCCAAACAAUCAAGAAAGUACUUUGAGCCAUCCUCGCAUGGAAACCAGUGUCUUGCUGCCCCGGCCGCAGGCCGUGGGCUCCUCGAGUUACGCCGCCCGCGGCGCCGGACUGCCUUGUCCCGGGAGGGACACAGACCUUCCUCCUGCCCGAAGAGCGGCUGCAGACAGUGCCGAGGAGUCCGAUGACAGUGAUUAUGAGAACCUGAUUGACCCCACAGAGCCCUCCGACAGCGAAUGCUCACAUUCAAGGGACUCUCGGGCCCUGACGCAUCCGGACGGGGGCUCCAGGAGCACUCAGACCUCCCAGAUUUAGCUCAGCAAGGACACUCUCCCCUGAGCGUGGUCCUUCUCCACUGCUUAUUGAGAGAGGCUUCUGAGGACUCGCUCUGGGGGUGGAGGGAGAACUGCGUUCUCGGAACCCCGGGCGCCCGCCAGGAGGGUCCCCGGGCGCGGGACUGGCAGGGGCCUCACGUCCGCCGGCUCCGCCUGCAGGUGCCGUGUGCGGGUUCAUGGCCGAGUCACUAAGAUAAUCAGCUUGUCCUAAUUCUGGUGCGAUUCGUGGACGUACUGGUAAAUUUAGGCGGAGGGAAACUUAUCAGCAUAGUUUCUGUUCUUUAAAACAAAUUGGAAAAAUUAGAGACUGAGCACAAUUCGUCUAUAAAUGUUCUAUAAAUCAAAAACUUACCUCUUGCACUAUCAUGCCUUGAAAUUUACUUUUUCAAAGGGAAGUGAGUUUAGCAGCAGCCUUCAAAGAACCUUCUUUCUAUGAUGAGCCAAAUUCAUCUUUGCCAGAAAGAAAUUUUGAUAAUUCCGAGACGCCUGAUUGGAACAAAUCGGAUGGACCUUCUCUUGUCUGCAUGACUUUGUGAGAUCAAAAGAGAGGGCUUUGUUUCAACUCUUUUCUACUCGCCUGAUAUCUGUUGUCACUUAAAAUGGUUGCCUUUAAAAAAAAAAAUGUAGAGAUACUAAUUACCAGUAAGUAAUCAUCCAAAUAAGUAUGUCAUAAAAUAAAUUACUUAUUUUUCUUUCGGGGUAUGACAGUGACUGCUUUGUUGCACUAGCCACAUUUAUGGUCUCUGUUCUGGAGUCUUCCACCUGAAGGUCACACCGCAGCGAUUAACAGAAGGGAGCUAACGCUGCAGCCCUGCGUUUCACGAUGAGCAGGCUCCGGACGCUGUGCGGUUCGCCGAGUCCAUACGUGAGGGACAUGGCCCAUUUGGCAAUUCUGACAAAUCCUAGUGUUAGUUUUAUUUGUGGAGGAAAGACAUUUGACAAACCAUUUGGGAAUCUUGGUGAAUAAAGAUUCAUUUUAAAUCUGAAUAACCAUACUUACUUUUUUUUUUUUUAAUUGCUCCUUGGAGGAUAGUUGUGGAAUGUGUAGAGACUUUCUGUUGGGAUGCACUUACCUUUUUAUUUAAUUACUGCUUGUUUUCUGGUUUUGCCCAGAAUGUGUGAAACCACUAAAGACAUUCAUGAGCGCGCUAGGCUCCUGGUUUGGAAAUGACAAGACCCCGCGCUAUGACGAGGUCAGCCCACGAAGUUAAUGCUUUGGGACGCGACUGCCUUUCAGGUGAACUAGUCAAAACCCGUGAGAAUAAGAAGGGUGUUAGAAGAGGCUUAAGAUCCGGGUUCUGGAGAAGUAGGUGUGUCUUGUCAAGAGAAGCGACUUCCUGAGCUUCGGCUCCAGUGCUAAGUCACACCGUGCAGACCGAAAGACGAAACGCGACAACUGCCGACCUCAGAGGUCCCCUCUGGGCGCCCGGUCUCACCGGCCUCACGCCGCUGACGUUUGGUCCGAGACGCUGCACGUGUGCUCUGGUGGCCGGCUCCCUUCUCGCGGCUUCAGCACCCGUGUGAAUUUCAGUUUUUUAAGUGCCAUAACCAUCUCCUCUGUUCAGAUUUUGACAUUCAGGAAAAUAUCUUUAUUUUUAUGCCAUACCGAAACCUACAAUGUAUAUCUGACAAAGCAGUUAAAUGUGACAAUAAAAACUUAUUUAAUCAUGGUA